AUGCCCAAUUCACGGCCAUGCGCAUACUUGUGCGUCAGUCUCUGUGAUGCUGCAAACAGCUGCGUGUCCUCACCGCACCGGCACAUAAGGGCAAUUACACAACUUAAGCCGGGCAGAUUUGAGGACAGUGAGACUGCCGAGUUCAGAAGGUUGAUCUUUUGUUUGAGUCAUGUGACUCAAGGGCAAUGUGGACUUGCUGGUCAGGGGCGCGUUAUGAGACAAUCGAUCGAUCGAUCGGUCGAGUGUCCAUAUUCCAUUCCUGCCCAGUCGCAAUAA